GCUGAACGCAGACCCGUCUGCACAGGAAACUGCGGGGCUGAGGACUUUCGGGGACCGGGUGAAAUAUAGUUUUAUGUGAGUGAGGAGCGGAGGGCGCAGAGGCUGUGCGCGCAGCGGGCAGGAGCGCGUAAAGACCGCACGGUGGUCCGGUCCUGGAGCCGUGAGGAUGGAGAUCCGGCCGGACAGGUUUAAGGCCGUGGCAGCCAAGACGCUCGGGAAAAUAUACGGAGCUCUUGAGAAGAAGCAGGAAAAUGGCGAGACCAUCGAGCUGUCGGCGGAGGGCCGGCCGGAGCUGGUGGAGGAGAAGGAGAUGCCGGUGGUGGACUGCACGUGCUUCGGCCUGCCCCGGCGGUACAUCAUCGCCAUCCUCUCCGGCAUCGGCUUCUGCAUCUCCUUCGGCAUCCGGUGCAACCUGGGCGUGGCCAUCGUCAGCAUGGUCAACAGCCACACCGUCUACAGGGACAACAAGGAGAUCAUAGUGAAAGCACAGUUCGACUGGGAUCCAGAAACAGUGGGGAUGAUCCACGGUUCUUUCUUCUGGGGAUACAUAGUGACUCAGAUCCCCGGAGGCUUCAUCUGCCAAAAGUUUGCAGCAAACAGAGUGUUUGGCUUUGCUAUUGUGGCGACGUCUUGCCUGAAUAUGCUGAUUCCCACCGCGGCACGUUGGCACUUCGGCUGUGUUAUCAUUGUCAGGGUGUUUCAAGGACUCGUGGAGGGGGUCUCAUAUCCCGCCUGCCAUGGCAUCUGGGCAAAAUGGGCACCGCCUCUAGAACGAAGUCGCCUGGCCACGACGGCCUUUUGUGGCUCCUAUGCCGGGGCUGUGAUUGCCAUGCCGCUGGCUGGAAUCCUGGUCCAGUACUCUGGCUGGUCCUCUGUGUUCUACGUGUACGGAACCUUUGGGGUCAUGUGGUACUGCUUCUGGAUCCUGGUGUCGUACGAGAGUCCGGCAGCCCACCCGACCAUCACGGACGAGGAGAGGAAAUACAUCGAGGAGAGCAUUGGGGAGUCGGCCCAGCACACAGUAACGAAGUUUAACACACCAUGGCGGGCCUUCUUCACCUCGAUGCCAGUGUACGCCAUCAUCGUAGCUAAUUUCUGCAGGAGCUGGACUUUCUACCUGCUGCUCAUCAGCCAGCCUGCGUACUUCGAGGAGGUGUUUGGGUUCGAGAUCAGCAAGGUAGGAAUAGUGUCCGCUCUGCCCCAUCUGGUCAUGACCAUCAUCGUGCCCAUUGGCGGCCAGAUCGCCGACUACCUUCGCUCAAACCACAUCAUGACCACCACCAACGUCAGGAAGCUCAUGAACUGUGGAGGGUUUGGGAUGGAGGCCACGCUGCUCCUGGUGGUCGGGUUCUCCCACACUAAAGGCAUUGCCAUCACCUUCCUGGUCCUCGCAGUGGGCUUCUCUGGUUUUGCCAUUUCAGGAUUCAAUGUCAACCACCUGGACAUCGCGCCGCGGUAUGCCAGCAUCCUCAUGGGUAUUUCCAACGGCGUGGGGACGCUGUCCGGGAUGGUUUGCCCUCUGAUAGUCGGAGCCAUGACGAAGCACAAGACGCGUGAGGAGUGGCAGGGGGUGUUCCUGAUCGCCUCGCUGGUCCAUUAUGGAGGCGUCAUCUUCUACGGCCUCUUCGCGUCGGGAGAGAAGCAGUACUGGGCCGAGCCGGAGCAGCUCAGCGACGAGAAGUGCGGCAUCUUGGACGAGGACGAGCUCGCAAACGAGACGGAGGAACUGUACCGCACCAGUGGCGGAGCGGGCUACGGCGCCAUGAAUCAGGGCUCGGAUCCCAACGGAGAAGGAGGAGGAGGAGGAGGAGGCGGCGGCGGCUGGGUGUCGGACUGGGACAAAACCGAGGAGUACGUCCAACCAGCCGGAACCAAUAACUACCUUUACAGAGGAGAGGGCGGCCGAGAUUUCACAUAAGCCCAGCAGAUCCUCCUGCACAAACGGCAAGGAUGACUGUGGAAGUGCAGAUUUAACGCCGGGGAAAAAGGACGACUCUCAGCGGGCCUGGCUGUUUCACCGAUCCCGGACUGAUUUCACAGAGACUGCGCGGCGGCGGUGAAGACGUUAGUAGAUGUAACGUGUGUGUGUGUGUGAUUGCAGUGGCGUAUACUUUGUGGGACAGGAAGUCUAAGUAAGAGUGUUUUUAGGAAUCAUCAGCCUUCCCGCCGUCUCUGCCGGGGGAAGGCUGCACGUUAGGCCUUGUGUGGCUUCUUUCAGUGUCUAUAUAUGUUGUAAUUAUUGUAGAAAUUUCUACAUAACUGACCUGGGUUUAAUCCUUGCCUCUCAUUUAUAGCUGUAUCCUUGACUGUAGACUUUUGGGCACACACUGAUCACACUCACGGUUCACGAUGAGGUGAGUAUCUGCAGAGUGUGUUAAAUUGGGUCUGAACAUGUUAUCUGGUAGUUUCUGUAAUGCACAGCAGAGUUAACACAUCUCCACUGGUGAAAGCAUGGGUUUCAUGCAGCGUCGUAACAUCUCCUUGUCUCCAAACAACUGUGAAUUUAUGUCCUUAUUCUGCACGCAUUGAAGAAAAAGCAUUGUGCCAAUACAACAAACUAUUUGUCCUAUAGUAUUGGUUUACUUAUCAACUAAAAUACUAAUUGAACACCUGCAAAUAUCACAGCUUUUUUUUUUUUGUGAAGUUGAACUAUUAAAUAGCUGUUCUUAAUCUAGAUAAUAAAAGAAAACAUUUUUGUACUCAUGAGCUGACAGACAAAAAUGCCUGAUGUAGAUAGAAGCAAAAUCAUCCAAC